UUUCUCUUUCUCUCUCUGUUUUUUUCUAUCUUUCUCUUUUACCCUCUCCAUCUCACUUCUCUGUAGCUGCUGCUUCCAUAUCACCAGCUCUGCUCGGACUUUUAGCCCUGUACAAACGACACGACGUGCGUAUAACUAGUACCUAUGUAUUUGGAUAUGUAUUCACAUACCAAUACUUAUGUACUCUACGCGUGUGCGUGCUAGUACUUUCCUCACUCAUUGCUUCACCCUCGCAUUCGUCUCUCGCGUAAGCUUCCUCUAAUAAUCGGCAUCGCCUCAUCCUCGCUCCUCCUUAUUCUCUUUUAUCCUCGAAAGAGAGAUAGACAGAGAGUCAACUGAAUGAUGUCUCCUUCUUUCCUAUUGCGUCCUGAAACAUCUUACCUUACUUCUACGUUCACGACUACUGUCUUCGCGAUCGCGUGACGCGCGUUGCGACCUUACCACCGAUGCUGACCAGAGUGUCAUCGGCGAUCGUUCACCAAGGACGACGAUGUCUGGAAGCAGCGAUUCCGAGGAGUUCUUCGACGCGGAGGACGAUUCUUUCCAUCGUGUAUCGAGGAAAGUCAGACAGCGUGAUUCAACAAGCGCAGAGAUACAAAUUCAGGGUGUACCAGAUUCUACUAAAGAAAUAGUGGAUGAUGUUUUUGUCAAACCCGCAGACCCUAAACCGACUUCUGAUAUUAAAGAUAAUGUAGUUUUGGAAAGAGUACAGAGCAAGGAUAGACUUUUAGAGGAAGAUGGAAAGGUGACACAUACGGAUAAGAUUGUGGGCAGAAGGAGAUUUCGUGAAUUGAGACAACGUAUGCAGACAGAAGAUGAUGAUAUUCCUGUCAAUAGUUCUCCUCCGGAUAGUCAAACUUCUUCCAUCGAAGGAGUAUAUCCGAUGCCUUCUAAAACGACCCACCCGUUCCGAAUAAUAGAACAUGAUACUCUCAGUCUGCAAAGUGUAGCCCAGUGUUCUGGAUCGACUGUCAUUACUCGUGAAAACCAGAUGUCCUCCGUUGCUAGUAUUCAAAACAAAGACGAGGAUACUGCGUCUGGUAAGCUGUCUCAGUCAUCAAGCGUCCUUACCUUAUCAGGGGAUAUCCUUCAGGAAUCCUCUGUUAACGGUAGAUGCGAUUAUGUCUCUCGUCCGCAAAGUGACAAGACUGUGAUGCUUCAAGAACCCGACGUCAUCGCGAGUACAAAAAAUAAUGGGAAGGCCUUGGAGGAUGGUACGAAAGUAGACGUGCCUGUAGCACCACCAAGACGUAAGAAGAAAUCUAAAGUGCAAACGCCUACCGAUCUUGCUCCACCUACCACAGAAAUCUUAGUACCAGCUUCUCCUUUACCAAGUCCAGCAAGUACCAUUGAGUCUAUUACAAGAGAAUUCGAACAUUCUCUUGAUAUAAGAUCUGCGACCAAAGGACAAUACGUUGUAAAGCCACAAGAUGAAGAUAAAUCAAAAGCAGAAGGACCGUCGACCGAAGAACUAGAAAGAAUAGAACGAAUGAAAGCUGAAAUACUUAGCGUACGAUCUAGUGAAAAAUCUAGUAGUAGUCCUAUGGGAUCUAUAUCGAGCAACAGUAUUGGUCGAUAUUCUUUAGGUCCCCAUAAACUUCCUGGCUUUAGUCCACAUGGUUCUAGAGAAAGACGAAAAUCUGCUGGUGAUCAAGAUAUGGUGAAACAAUUAAAUAUGUUUGUAAGAACGCGAACUGAUUCAGGAAAACGUCUUACAGAUAUGGAAAUAUUAGAACAAGUAACUGUACUCAACUUGGAUACAGGAGAAAGAGUGCCAUUAAGCAUAGCCGAAGAUAAAUUACCACAAUGCAUUAAUCCUUUAUCUUUACAUAUAAUGAGACUUACCUCGGAGUACAUAAGUAAUUCCAGUUUGGAAAAAGAGAAAGAAAGUGAUGAGGAAAGCGUGGAUAGUAAAAUGUCGAGUAUACCACCUGACGAGGAUGUUACAGUUGGUAGAGUUCGUAAGCGUACGCAAAAGCUAAAACGAUUUUUAGGAUCUACGGUUAAGAAAACGAUGGACAAAGCUAAAUCAAUCGCUCAAGAAGUAUCACACGCAAGACACAAAGAAGAUGUGAUGGAUAUUGUCGACGACGUUUAUCCUGGGGAACAACAAUACAUUAAAUUAAAAGCAUCCAAUAGUCACAAAGGCCCAUACGAAUUCAGUUGUUUGCAACAUGUACAGGAUCUUAGUGGUGAACAUGUUGGUCCAGUCUGGUGUAUGAAAUUUUCAGCAUGCGGUAGAUUAUUAGGUACUGCAGGACAGGAUCGUGUUUUAAGAAUUUGGGUUUUAAGAGAUGCAUUCUCCUAUUUCCAAGAUAUGAGAACAAAGUAUAACGCGGAGAAGGUCAGUCCAACGCCGUCUCAAGAAUCUUUAGUAUCUCAGCAAUCUAUGGAGGAUCCUAACGUCGUAGCGAGUGCCUUCAGUGAGAUAGAAGGAACGAAGAGUCCAUUUAUGCCAAAGCCAUUCUGUACGUAUACAGGACAUACGUCAGAUUUACUAGACGUUUCAUGGUCGAAGAACUAUUUCGUUUUAUCAUCAUCUAUGGAUAAGACCGUAAGACUAUGGCAUAUAUCACGAAAGGAAUGCUUAUGUUGCUUUCAGCAUAUAGAUUUUGUAACAGCGAUAGUGUUUCAUCCACGAGAUGAUCGAUAUUUCCUUUCCGGCUCGCUCGAUGGUAAACUUCGUCUCUGGAAUAUACCCGAUAAGAAGGUAGCUGUAUGGAACGAGGUAGAUGGCCAAACAAAAUUAAUUACGGCUGCUAACUUUUGUCAAAAUGGCAAAUUCGCGGUCGUUGGCUCUUACGAUGGUCGAUGUAUAUUUUAUAACACCGAUCAUUUAAAGUAUCAUACUCAAAUAGACGUACGUUCGACGAGAGGAAAAAAUUCAACCGGACGAAAAAUAAGUGGUAUCGAACCGAUGCCUGGCGAGGACAAGAUCCUAGUUACCUCGAACGAUAGUCGAAUACGUUUGUACGAUUUAAGAGAUUUAAAUUUAUCCUGCAAGUACAAGGGAUACGUUAAUGUAAGCAGUCAAAUAAAAGCGAGUUUUAGUCCGGAUGGUCAAUACAUAGUAAGCGGAUCAGAAAAUCAAUGCAUUUACAUAUGGAAGACUCAUCACGAUUACUCGAAAUUUUCGAGCGUUCGUAGAGAUCGUAAUGACUUUUGGGAAGGAAUAAAAGCUCACAAUGCUGUUGUCACUUGUGCAGUAUUUGCACCAAAUCCAGAUAGUAUCAUUAAACAGAUAGAAGCGAGGGAGCAAUGGGAAGGGAAGGAUGAUUCUAAAAGUAUAGGACAUUCAAAUAUGAAUAAUGCACCAGUUGAUCCUGUAGUAGAGCAACGUACUAAAGGUUGCGGUGGUCACGUACUUGUCAGUGCUGAUUUCAAUGGAUUCAUCAAGGUUUUCUUAAAUAAAACCAAACCGAAACACAGUUCGUUACCUGCUUCUGCUCUCGCGUAACGCAACAUCGUUAUUCAUAAAAAAUCAAUAGUCAAAUAGAUAUAAUAAUUAAAUAUCAAAGCAUUCUUUGUCUUUAUUCAAUAUCACGAAUCUCAGAUACGUUGUAUGAUGAUAAUGAUGAUACGGUUGAAUGGUAUUAAAUAACUACAAGCUGUUUAUUGGAAGUUUAUCAAACAAAUUCUAUAUGUUAUAUGCCGCGAGUAUUACCUAAUCGUUAAUAGAGAACUAUUUAUCGCGUGCGAUAUACACAUAUAUUUUUCAAAGCUCUUACGUGAUAUACGCCUAUUUAACAAAAAAAAAAAAAAAA